GCUGACGCUUUCCUCCGUGCAGGCCGGCACCUGGGGGGGCUUGGGGCAGAGCUGCCGGGGGUCCCCAGCCGUCGGUGGAGAGACGGGCAGCGUUUCUAUUCGGGGUGACGUAGUGAGAGAUGCAGAUCUACCUGGUCAAGGUGCUGUAUCAUGUCCAGAUAGGACACUGCCAGUGUGAGAAUCAUCCCAAGACAACUUCUCCAAGGCCUUGAGCUCAAGUGGUUCCUCUUUCUCCAGCAGCCAGGCAAAGAAGAGCUGGGAUAGCCCCGCGCACGUGGUGUCCAGUCACUACCCACAGCGCUCGUAGGGAUGGAUUCCAAAGGCAAUGUCCGAAGUGGAAACAAACCUGACGUCAAGGCCCCCAGCUCUGGAAAGCCAGAAAAGCCCAACCCUGGGCCUGCCACAAAUGCAGACAAGAAGGAGAUCCCCAAAGAGCAGCCUGCUCCUGCCACUGCCACCUCUGUCACCAAGAAGGCCGGUGGUGAUGCUGCCGUCGUGAACAACCACAGCAACCUGAAACCCAGCCCUGCCGCCACGGAGACACAAGAGGCCACCGGCCAGUCCCCUGACUCUGACCACAAGGGAAACAGCUCUGAGGAGUCACCAGGCAGCAUCUUUGACAACAUGAAGCCCUUGAUCAUUGUCGGAGGAGUGGCGGUGGCUGCGCUCGCUGUGAUUGUGGGAGUGGCGUUCCUAGCCCGGAAAAAAUGAAGACCGAGACGGGGUGGGGAUGAGAAACCCAGCCCAGCUGUACAGCUCCUUUUGAGACAAAUGCAUGCAGAAAAAUUCUAUACAUAUCUAUAUAUAUAGAGAGUGAGCUAGAUAGGUCAACAACAAACACCAACUGCAACUUCAAGAGUCUUGUUCAAGACAACUGUGCCAGUUUGACCCAGUGUGGGUAACUCCAUGCACUCAGUGUGUUCUUUCAUGUAAUAUAUCUUGGCUUAUACCACUGUGUAUAGAUUACAGCUUCUCCUGAUUGGUGUAAAUGACGGUGUCCCCUCCCCUCCCCUGCUGUACUCCCUGGGAGACACCCCCACCUCUCUUGCAGUCCCCUGUUUUCAAGUCCAAAGUGUUCUACGUCCCAUCCAGAGUCCCCACUUUGUGUUUUGGUUUCUGUUUGGUUUGUUUUUAAGUUGUGUUGUGGUAAAGAAGAUGUAAGGGUAGGUGGGGCCUAGUGCCAAUACCCAGUUUGCCUGUCACCGUGUGUUGGGUUGGUGUUUAUCCAGCACCUCCGGGGCAGGGGAAGCACUGGGCAAUUGCAGACAAAAGGCAGCUCCUUGACCCAAACAGCAAAGUGUGUUCUCUAACAGGUGUCUUAUGUACCUGCUCCUCAUCAACCCACCUUUAAAAACCUAACGCAGAAGUGCCCCAGAGAAAACAGGCUGGCUGCAGCUGGGGCUAAGACUGCAGCAUGGUAGAGCUGAGUACGCAACUUGGGACAUCACAUCGGGUCACUUCUCUAGCUGAGCUGCCAGCAGAGGAGUGAGCAGAGGAGCCGUACCGCAACCAACGACGCAGUCAGCAGCGAGUGGAGGUACCUGGCGAAGCCCCAUGCUGACCUCACGCAGGUGGCUGCUGCUGUCUACUUGGUUUCUUGCAGGUUGGCAGGCAGCCUUUAGGAUCCCAUGGCUCGCCAAGGUCAUACAGGCAGCGUUUGGGGGUAGAGAGACUUUGUUUUGGAUCUAGUAUUUCCUAAAGUUAGGCUGGGCUUUGCAGGAUGCUGUGGCCUCAGCCCAGGCUCCCUCAAGGUCAGCUGGACUCUUUCUGUUCAUUCCUUUAGGCUUUGAAUCAGGCCAUUCACCUGAUUUUUUUUUUUUUUUCCCCACUGAAGGCUAUGGACUCUUGGUACAUGAGAAGUUAGAAAAAAAAGACAUGAGCUGGUUUUAGGGGCAGAGAGGACCUGUGACCCCAUGUGUGAAUAACACUGACCUGCUUUAUACCAGGGAUACCCUGUUCAAGGGCACUGGAGGUCUGUCUGUCCUGGGGGGAUUUCUUACCCCGCCCCCCCCAUGACAGUAAGAGGGAUCUGUGACUCCUCCACACUUUGAAAAUGGAAACAAAUUCCCAUCCCUCAGGAACAGCCUGGUUUCAUUGGUGAGUACCUUGGCUCUAAAGCCAGACCUUGUGAGGGGGAAAGGGAAGGCAGGCGACAAGAGAGGGUGUUUAGUGCAUUGGCUGAUGCCUUUCCCCUAACACCAUGAGGUGGGUGGAUCUUAUUCUGAAAGCUGCCAUUAGACUACUCUGAGCUGCUGUGCUACUGCAAAAAGUCUUACAAAAAAGACCUUACAUUUUGUUUUUAAAUUAGAUCAGAGAUUAGAUGAGCUCAGAACCACAGAGUCUCCGGAGCUCAGCAGCAGUUGCAGCCAAUGGGGGCAGGGUUUUGGAGCAAUGGUUAGCAAAGGGUUGUGACAAAGUGGAGGGAGUUCAGUAAGAAGCCUUAGUCAUACAUCUCUAACUGAGCCUGGGUGUAUACAUUCAGUUAGUAUGGGGCCAGAGAAAGGUGUAUGUUCCUGCCUUUGAGGUAUCUGCUUCGGGCAAGGUUACUGAAUAGGAUGGUGAGUAUGUAUAAUCUGAGCUGGCAAUUCUUCUCUUAGCUCAUGCCUGUCUUAUUUACCUCCAAGUUUGGUUGGCCGAAUGCAUAUGGUUUCCCCAAACAAAAGUUUUUUUGAUGCAGCCUGGCCAUUCUUAUGCUGAGCUUUGUCAUUCUCUUUUCCCCCAAGGCUCAUAAAAUAUUCCCAAAGGUGCACAGCCUCUGGGAGUAUCAGAUGCUGUCUUCUGAUGAACAACAGGCUGCAGUUUAAUGUCUACCUCUACUUUUACCAGUACAGAGACAGGGGGUUGCCUUCACAGUGUUUUUUGGAACGAGUGCUACAGCCCUGGGUGAAAUCCUGGUUCCUUAAAGCACUCUCUGCAUGUGUUGUGCACGUGUCUCCUAGCAGCUGCGUGUUACUCAGAUCAGAGAAUUUACUCGGUUUGAAGCUGAAGGGUCCAUGGUGGGGUGUUUUUGUAAUGCCAUUUUUUGUCUAGAGAACUGAUUUCCCCUCAUCCUGUUUUGCAGAUGUCCAGAGGUUAUUUUGGGCUGGGGGAGAAGGGAGGGCAAACAAUAGCAAAUAGAUAGGAAAGGUAUUUGGAAAGCAGAGAUGUGAGAGAACCUAGCUCAGAAGCAGUUCCAGCACUGCUCCCUUGCAGUGUCUGCAGUGAGACUUUGCCAGAGGACGUGGUGAGUCUGUGGCAUCUACACUAGAGUCUGGGGGUGCUGCAGAGCCCCCAGACCCUGCCUGUGCUCUGGGCACAUUCUCUUGCCAUCCUGGGGAGAGACUCUAUUGCAUAUCUGCUCCCCCUGCCCCUGCUUUCACCCUGAACUGUUCAUUCUGGUUCCCCACAGGAGAAAUUUGGGUGCCCAAGCCAAACUGCAGUGCAGUCCUGCCAGGGACCUGAUCUCCAAGACUGGGAGGCCUGUGCCCACUGGGUACAGAGGAAUGUAUCCAAACUGCCGGGGUUGGGAUGUGGGGAUGGCUGUUCCUGGGCUCCUCUUCCCUUGGAUCUCUGAAGCACAAAGUUCUUGGCUGUAGGGAAAUUUUGCAUACAUUGCUCUUGAGGAAGGGAAAUCGGUCACUCCUGCUCCAAUUCAUGUUUAGUCAAAGUAGGGUGGUGAUUUUCAGACAGUGACUUCUGUUUUCAAGUGGGAGGCCUGUCUUCAAGAGAUGCUUCUACCUGUCCUGUCUGUUCCCUCCUUCUCAGCCCCGGCAUGUGAUUACAUUUUUAGCAGUGUGUGACAACAUUACAGAUAUAGCAUCUAUCCAUUCUGCCUUGACUGGCAUAGAUAGAUAGAGGGAGGAAAAAACCACCUGCCUCAUUUGAGUCUCCUAUUUUACUUCCUAAAGUGUUUUUAUUUCCUUGACAACAGUUUUUAUUUCCUUUGGCAACUGAAGAGGGGGAAAACAGUUCUCAGAUGACAUGGGCCUUAACCAUUUCUGUCCACCUCCAACCCCCCCUGUCCUUAGAGCUCUUAGAUGCAAGGCCACUAAUUUCAUCCAGAAACACACCACAGAGAUGGUGAUGGGAUGGGACUGCAGGUCAUCAGCUGGGUAUGUAACCACAUGGGAACCCUCCCUGAGCAGGGAACAUGGUACAUCCUGUACCUAAGGGAUUUUCCACUUCCUGUGAUCACUUAACCAUUGCUGUCUGCUGUCCAGAUUCACUACCUGAACCCACAUUUUUGGCAGUUUGGUUUGGAAAACACCUGUGUGCGUGUGUAUACACCACCCUGCCUUGAAGAAUGUUCUGCAUAUGUAUGUAUACAUGCAUAUAUGUUUAUAUUACUGCAGUCUGGGGAGGAAAAAACAAGCCAACCUUGAGAUGACUCUUCAUUUGUUCCCCUGCAUUCACACAAAGUGUCCGUGAUGUCUUUUUUUGUGCCAUUUGCAUCAUGCCAUGCAGCACCUGAAUUCCUUUUCGGUCCUGGUUUCUUCUCAGUGCAAAGAAUGUAUGGCUAGUGAACUGCUGAAUGUUCGAUGUGUCCGUUUGUGCUAGAAGCUCAAAAUUACUGUUCCCCUCCCUGGAUAGUCGUGUGGGCUACUCGCUUUAAAAUAAGGCACUUUUAGACUAUACUGAACUAUACCAGACUGUGUUGUGGCGCUUUUUGAGGUGUGGGUCUAGUGUUGAUUUGAGUCAGGUAGCUCAAGCGUAGAUGAUACACACACUCCUACGCAUGCAGCUGGGGCAAUGCACUUCAGUCCCGACUUGCAAAUGACAUCCUUUUAGCAAACACCUCCUGUUCUGCCUUAAUGUGCCAGGCUGUGCAGUGGUUUCAUUUUGAGAAAACAAAUGUCCAGCGAGAACUAGGCUGAGAAGAGCAAAUUCACCUCUCUCAGAAUCGAAGCGAGAUUGAAACCAAAUUUGUCGAAGCAGAAGGCUUUAAAUGACUGAACUCGCUGUGCUAAAUAAAUAGUUGUCUUUUCUCGUACUGAGCACAUGCCGUUAUUUGCUUGAUGUUAUUCUUUGUGUGGUGUUUGUGAUAUGAAGUCCUUCUAGUGAUAUCUCCAUGGGGAGAAUGAACUAACGCUUAAAACUAAUCAGAUUCUGUGCUUGGGAUUUGAAGAGAUCUAGAUUGCUAGUUUACUCUUUUGAUAACGUCUAUAAACUAUAAAUUUGCAAAACUGACUUCAGACAUUGUAGCUUAUCACUAAAACUAUAGGUUUGAUGACUACACCUGAUCUCAGUCUAUUUUAAAGGAGCCGUAAGUUUUAGUCAAAUAUAAAAAUAUCAUUAUGGUCUCUUGUACAACUUAGUAGAAGAUUUUUGAUGCUUCUAGCUUUAAGAAAGAUGAAACAGACUACACUUCUGCUUCCUCUUUCUACCGAUUUAACAUGCUAUGGACAAGUCCCAUUAUUCCUAACAGUUCUGCAGUAGGAUGCAAACAAAUCUGGAAGCCAAAGGAUAAUGCAACAGCAUUUUCAGGAGGGUAAGAAUGUGUUCCUCCAGGUGCUGUUCCCCUCUUGGGCUCACACUUAAAGCACUGAACAGUCGCUUGCCCUGAAGCACUUCUUAGUUCCCUUAGGUUGAGUGAUAAAUUAAAAAUGGGUUUAUGUCUCUGCUGAAUCAAAGUAUAGGGGUUGAUCCAUAUACUACUGAAAACAAGGGGUGUUUUCCCAUUGGCUUCACCAUGCUCUGCUCAGGCAUUUGAGAUCUCUUUGGCACCGGGGAUAUGAUUGCAGGUCAUCGUAAAAUGUAAAAUCAUCUCAAGGGCAUGGGUAUUUAAAAUGGACAGAAACAUUCCUUAGUCCUUCUGCUGAGUAUAGGGAGCGUCUUCUCUGGUAUUAGCCGAGGCAGCCAUGCUCACAACCACCCUUACUUUAGUAUUUGUGUAUAAACAACAACAGUGUAACUAAAGAAACAUAGAGUUGGUGAGAGAUGAUUUCUAAAAAUUUCCCUUCCUUUCCUGGAAAUAACACUGGGAUUUAGAAAUCAGCAUCCUUCUAACUAUUCUUAGAAUUGCUUCAAAAUAACAGUCCUGAAGAUUUGAGAAAAAAAUUAUUCUUCAAGAAACAAACCAAAAAAGGCAAUGAAAAAAUGUAUUUGAAAGGUGAAAUUCUUGGAAAUUCAAUGAGCUCUACAGAAAGCUUCAAGAUGCUGCUUCUGAGAGAGUAUAAGAAACAGUACAGAGAAGUGCAGAGAAAAAAGCACAUUACAUCAUUAUCUUAGCAGUUUUGGUAAGGACACAUUAACUUUUAUACCGUAUCCACUUCUAUUUUUUCCUAGGACAAAAGCAAAAAUGACCAACUCUGAUGCCAAGCAAAUUAACCUUCACUAACUGACUUUUCCAAAUGCAUUUUUUUCUGUCUCUGUUCAGUGUUAAAAUGUUAGUGAAGCAAGAAAAAGACCUGAAGUUUUCAACAACUAACUUUGUAUGAUUAAGGGAAAUUGCAAGCUUAUGAUUUGGGCAUUUUGAAAGGCUGUGUUCUCUUUUCACAUGUUUUGCUAUGAAAAGGACUGAAAAAUCCAGCCUACUUGCACUUUGAUCCUCUUAGUCUGUGACUUAGUCACGCUGGAGCGGGGAUGUUGGUUCCCUUCCCAAGCCAUGUAGCAUCUUACUGUGGUCUCGCUCCCUUUGCCAUGGAGCUGUGAGAAUUCUCCCAAUCCAGGGAGAGCCAUCUUCCGUAGGUGUAGGCAACAGCACUACGUCAUCUUUUCCAUGAACUGACUACAGUUCUGUUGUACAGGUUGGGCACCUCCCUUCAUGAAGAGAAUUGGCUUUGAUGUGGAUAAUAAAAAUUCUGUAUCAAAGUUCGUUAAAUUCUCAGCACAGGAGGCUGGAAUCUGGAUAUUUUCUGUAUUUGAUUCUUGAUGCUUUCGGGGAGAAACUGGCUGAUGCUGGAGAUCUGACCUGGGCUGCCUGUGCAUUUUAGGUCCUGCGAGUGGCGCUCGAUUGACAACUCCACCUCAGGAGGUGAAGAAGCCUGCGAAGCAAUCUUCUGGGCCAAGGGCUGCGGUACCACCCCGCUACUUCAGGAUUUGUGCUCUGCAGGUUGUGAAGAAGCCAGGAGAGGGCGAUGCAAGCAGCGUCGUUCAGCCACUGUGGAUUAAAUACUGGUGCUCUUUUCAGCCCGCCAUCAGGCCCUAAACGCUUCUCUUGCAGUGACUAGUUUUCGCCCAUCGUUCUUUGUAAAACCUCUCCUGUCCUCAUUCAGUUGGAGAUUAGUUAUUUCCUAAAGUUCAUCUAUUUAAAGUAUUAAUCAUUGAAGGGAAGUUUAUUUUUUAAGUGGCAUUAAGGGCAAAGAGCACAGACUGAGGUGUUUUAGUGUCAUGACAAAUAUGUGGCAAAAAUGAGAGGGUACUUAAUCCAGGUUCAUCAAACUGAAGGUAGCUAUACAGAAGAUUGAGCUAGAUUAUCCUGAAUUGAGCAGCCCAGAUGAUGACAGAAGGUGCUACUGGGGGUAUUGCAGUGGAACUGAGACACCGGCUUGGAACACACCCCACGUGCCAUUUGGCUGGGCUUGGCUGGGUCUGUCCAACACCAUUUUUCUAUGUCUUUUAUUGCAUCUUGCAGUGGUUAGCUCAGAUCAUGCUACCUUGAUUGACUGGCUCUGGGGAGUUUAAUCUGUUGAGCAAAGCGGUUGUAUGGUGACUUUUCCCUCUUUUUAUAGCUCAGCAGUCCAGUCCUGUGACCUGCUUUUCUUUCUAAUGUCCAAAUUUCCAGGCUGUCUGCUCAUGCUAGAUCUUCAACUGUUACAAGCUACAUGGCUUCAUUGGUUUCUGGAGAUCUGAUUCAUUGCUUGUCCUUUACUGCUGCUUUGGCUACUGGGCUGUAUUCCCUUUCCUUUCCCUAUUAUCUUCCCAGACAGCUCUGCAGAUGUGGCCUCUCCACAGCCAGGCAGAAACUGCCCCAAGGCUGAGGCAGACUUUGUGUAGCCCCACCCAAAAGAUACCGGCAGUGUUCAGCCAGUGAGCACCUCAGGGGAACAUGGAGACACAGCAGGGAAUUUACGAAGUUUUAAUCUGCCCUGAUCAUUGAGGCUUGAGGGGCCGAGUCUGCAAGAUGCUCUUGUCUGCUGCAGGAGCUCAGCAGGUGAGGGAACCACGGCUGGAAGGUCCUUCUCUUGUCCUUGCUCUUCCAUGUCAGAAAGUCACUGCAUGGCCACAAGCUCUGCUCAGGAUUGGAGCCUGCCUUGCCAGCCAGGUGUGAGGCCUGACUGCUCAAGAGAUGCUGCCACAGUGUCAGCAUAUGCUAUGCUCAGCUGAAGCUAGAGCUUCUCUGGUACUCCAGACCACCAAAACCACAGGCUGAGAAGAGGUGCUCAAGAGCUACCUCUCAGCUGAAGUCAGUGACCUGCAUUUUUCUGCGGGCCCUGAAGGCUCAGCUCCUGUGACAGGGGCGUGCUGCAGCUCACUCUCAUCCUCCAUUAGCCACAGGGCUGAGGACACAGAGGCCUGCAAGGAUCUGUCUGUUGGAAUAGACCGCUUAGGUGUUACUGUGUACAGCAAUGCAAGACUGCUGGGCCUUAAAAAUUCAACUCUUACUCCACUAACCAUGCCAAUAACCUGACACCCAAAGCCUGCAAGCCAUGUGGCACAUCAUAGCCAUUGGCUUUCCAAAGGUGUGGGCUCGGCUCUACCCUGUGUGCUAGUUCUGCUUGCUGCUUUGGACUGUGUGUGCUCUGAGAGGAAGUAUUUGGGGACUCAAGCUCUGUUUGUUGCUAUGCUCUUCAAAUUAAAUAGAUUUUUUUUUUUCUUACUGAAAAAUCUAAUAGGUUAAAUGGGAUUUAGACCAUUGCUCUUGCUCCUGUUUCUCUUUCAGUUGCUCCAAGCUUGAAAUUCACAGACAAUUCCAUUAUUUUUUCAUUUCUCAUAGCCACAGUGCAGCACACCAAGAAUAAAGUUACAGGUUCUUCCUGUCUGUGCACGAUGACGCUACAGUACCAAAACGCCCAGUGGAAAGAGAGGAAUCUUUAAUCAUCUUUGCAACUUUAAAGACCUGCAUUGUAUCCCUGGUUUUGCCACAGCAGCUUCAAGCCGUCAAGUUUCUGGGACAAUUUGAUAAGAACAAGGGUGCCAUACAAUUUUGUCAUGUUAAAACCAAACAGACAAACAAAAAACCCAAACAAACCAACAAGAGAAUAAUUUGGCUUUACUAAGUUUUGAGCAGCCCUUCUUAAGCCUGGUGCCUGGUUAGGACCGUUUCAAUUGAAAUAUUUAAAAGGUGCAAUCUCAACUCCCCAGUGAAAACCAACUCUCUUCUAGUGGUAGGUGCAGGUUGUUUACAAAUUUGUGGAGAAACAAAAAUUGGAGAAAGGGAACUCGAAGGUCAGAUUACAGGGGAUUUUUUUUUUCCCCUUUCGUUUGCUUGGAUUCUGUUACUUUUUCAGGGAUUGAUCCAAAGCCCUCAGAAGUCAGGUAGAAAGCUCAAACACGUAGUGGGAAACUGCUUUCUGCUGCCUUGGGAGCCCCAGGCAUCUUUCCAGUGACCUCGGUGGGUUUUGAGGCAGCCCCUGAAUGUGUUUUCCAAAUGACAGUAAUUUUCAGAGUGACACCUUGACUUCUUCCCUGUACAAACAGACCUGCUUGUUACUUACACAUAUUUACCUGUGUUCAACAUACAGGUUUGGUUUUUUUGCUUUCAGAAACUAUAUGCUGCUAGACACAUUUCCUGGAGGGAAAUGGACACCUACCUACACACAAAGCUAUACAGCUAAUUUAUACCUUGUUGAAUUUAUAAUCUUGUCUAUGCUUCUAUGGACACUUUGUAUGGGCUGCAGCUCAAAUCCUAAAAUAGUCAAGAAUUUUUCCUUUCCCAUAUAGUAUUCUAUUUACUUUGACUUAAAAAAAGCGUAUAAAUGCAAUAAUGCAGGUAGACUAGAAAUACUAGAUUGAAAAUUAAAGUAGUUUAGCUUGUCCCAUUGUGACUGACAGUGUUGUACGACACCCAACGCUGUACCCUAACAUUUUCCAGGCUUUCUACGUAGCUGAAUCUAGUAUUAGCUUUGAAAACCCAUUGUAUGAGUGGUGGGUGGAUGGGUUGGAAACGUGUGCUCUCUACACACUGUAUGUUACUCACAUCAGAAGCUGUAUGGCCACUCCAUAUGCUGUGAAACUGUAAAUGAUACCCAAUACACCUGUAACUCUUACCAGGAUUGUGAGAAAUAAACUAUAUAUAGAGAUAUAUAUACAC